CCCGACGCAUUUCCAAAGAUGGUUCAAAUCAAGGCAGCCACUCUGGCUCUUCUUUUCGCUGGUCAAGCACUUUCCGGACCUGUCGAGGCCCGACAGGCCUCUGUGAGCAUUGAUGCCAAGUUCAAGGCUCACGGGAAGAAAUAUCUCGGAAACAUUGGUGACCAGUAUACCUUGAACAAGAAUUCAAAGACCCCGGCAAUUAUCAAGGCUGAUUUCGGUCAACUGACCCCAGAGAACAGCAUGAAGUGGGAUGCUACUGAGCCAAACCCUGGGCAGUUCUCUUUUACUGGAUCGGACUAUCUGGUCAAUUUUGCUCAGUCCAAUGGAAAGCUGAUUCGUGGUCAUACUCUCGUGUGGCACUCCCAGCUCCCGUCUUGGGUCUCUUCCAUCACAGACAAGACAACUCUGAUUAAUGUCCUGAAGAAUCACAUUACCACGGUUAUGAACCGCUACAAGGGCAAGAUCUACGCUUGGGAUGUUGUGAACGAGAUCUUCAACGAAGAUGGCUCGCUUCGGAACAGCGUCUUCUACAAUGUAAUUGGCGAAGACUUUGUGCGGAUCGCUUUUGAAACAGCCCGUGCUGCCGACCCAAAUGCAAAGCUGUACAUCAAUGACUACAACUUGGAUUCCGCCUCCUACUCCAAGACGAACGGUAUGGCCAGUCAUGUCAAAAAAUGGAUUGCUGCCGGUAUUCCGAUCGAUGGAAUUGGUUCUCAGACUCAUUUGGGUGCCGGUGCCGGUGCCGCAUAUUCUACAGCUCUGAACGUUCUUGCUAGUGCAGGAACGAAGGAAGUUGCUAUCACUGAGCUUGAUAUUGCUGGUGCUAACCCUACUGACUACUUAAAUGUUGUCAAUGCCUGUUUGAAUCAGCCAAAGUGUGUUGGCAUCACUGUUUGGGGAGUUGCUGACCCGGAUUCGUGGCGCUCCGGCUCCAGCCCCUUGCUCUUCGAUGGGAGCUAUAACCCGAAGGCUGCAUACAACGCUAUUGCAAAUGCCCUGUAA